AUGGUGGAGCUGAAGUAUCUGUGGGAGACCUUCAGUGGCCCGCAAGGCAGCUUCGUCUCCGUCGGCCACCUCGCAGGCUUCCGGGCGAGGGUCCGCGAGGAGCUCGCCGGCCUCAGGCCGCGGGACUCCGUCCAGUACGGCCCUGGCCCCGUGGAGGCGACCGCGCGGGGAGGUGACUGCGCGAUGCUGUCCUUUGUCGGACCAGGCCUGCCGGCGCUCGUCCUGAGCGUCGUGCGCCAGGCGGCGGACAGGCUGCCGGACUUCGAGGCCUCGGAGUCCAGCGAGGGCGGGGCCCCGAGCAUCGCCGUCGCGCGGAGGGCGGCCCCGGAGGCCUCGGAGGCCGACGGCGCGAGCGACGCCGAGGCCACGGGCCUGCUGGUGUCGGGCACGCUGACCGACGGCGACGUGAACGAGAAGGCCGCCCGCAUCUUCAAGGCCUACGCCGCGGGCACGAGCCUGAAGACGACCAUCCUGCGGAAGACGGAUCUGGGCAAGUUCAUGAAAGACGUCGAGACGGUGACCCUGAAGACAAAGAGGACGCGGAAGAUGGAAGUGACGUUCGAGAAUGUCGAGAUCAUCUUCGACGACACCCUCGAGCUUCAGGUGGACAUGGGCAGCCGCUUCACCUACGGUCUGACGCUGGAGUUCUUCCGAGUCUUCCUGAGCAAGGCCUCGCAGUUGUAUGGCUGGACGCUGGUUAACUUGUUGACCGCGUUGCUGAGUUUCUUCGACCGUCCAGGCUGA